CGCGCGACCUUUCGAGGCGGAAGUGAUCAGCUGACUCUGGAGUCAUGCGGUCGGUAGGCCUGGCUGCGUGAGAUGCCGGUGUAUUUUCUUCGAUUUCUUUUCCCUGCUGUUUUAACAUGCUUUCUCUGGUUGUGCUUCAUUUCCUAGCCGCAGGAUUUGGAUCACCGGUUACACACCAGAGAAACUUUGAAAUUGACUAUGCUCGCAACUGUUUCCUUAAGGAUGGGAAACCAUUCCGCUACAUUUCAGGCAGCAUCCAUUAUGCCCGGAUUCCCCGUUUCUACUGGAAGGAUCGUCUCUUGAAGAUGAAAAUGGCAGGCCUUGAUGCUAUUCAAAUGUAUGUUCCAUGGAACUUUCAUGAACCUGAGCCAGGAGUUUAUAACUUCAGAGAUGACAGAGAUCUGGAGUAUUUCCUGAAACUUGCUGAUGAGAUUGGCUUGUUGGUCAUAUUGAGAGCGGGACCUUACAUAUGUGCAGAAUGGGACAUGGGUGGUCUGCCUGCCUGGUUAUUAGAAAAGGAUUCAAUUGUUCUUAGAUCUUCUGAUUCAGACUAUUUAGCAGCUGUAGGAAGAUGGAUGAGGGUCUUAUUACCAAAGAUGAAGCCUCACCUUUAUCAGAAUGGGGGCCCCAUUAUUAUGGUGCAGGUUGAAAAUGAAUAUGGAAGUUACUUUGCAUGUGAUUUUCAUUACCUCCGUUACCUGAAGAAUCUUUUUCGCCAGUACCUUGGGAAUGAAGUAGUCCUGUUUACAACAGAUGGUGCAACAAAGAUUUUUUUGCGCUGUGGAACUCUUCAGGGCCUUUAUUCAACUGUGGAUUUUGGACCACAUACCAAUGUCACUGCAGCCUUUUUAACUCAGAGACGAACUGAGCCUCAAGGCCCCUUGGUGAAUUCUGAAUUCUAUACUGGUUGGUUAGAUCAUUGGGGCCACCCCCAUAAUGUUAUACCGUCACCAGCCAUAGCAAAAACUCUUAGUGAAAUCUUGGCACAUGGAGCUAAUGUUAACCUAUAUAUGUUCAUAGGAGGCACUAAUUUUGGCUACUGGAAUGGAGCCAAUAUACCAUACAUGGCACAACCUACUAGUUAUGAUUACGAUGCCCCAUUGAGUGAAGCAGGGGAUCUUACAGAGAAGUAUUUUGCUCUCAGAGAAGUCAUUGGCAUGUAUAAGGAUUUGCCAAAGGGGCCUAUACCUCCAACAACUCCUAAGUUUGCAUAUGGAGAAGUUAAAUUGAUGAAGGUUGGAACAGUGACUGAACUUCUGAAUGAAUUUUCCCCAUCUGGACCAAUUAAAAGCAUGUAUCCUUUGACGUUUGUUCAAUUAAAACAGGUAAAAGUUGAUUCCUACAUAGACUUUUUAACUCACAAUUUGGCCAGUUUAUUUAAUUAUGUACACCAUAUCAAAAUAUUUAUUCAUUUUUAAUUUAUCUUUUACAUUCAUGGAGGAAUUAGACUACUAUUCUGUUAUACUUUUUAGAAAAAUGCAUAAACAUUUUAGGAAGUUUGUACCAUUUGCAUAUUCUGCACUAUUAAUGGAGAACUUGAGUUUCUUCUCUGAUACUGAAUUCUUAAGAAAUGAAAUGUAUCAGAAAGGGAGUGGUGACUAGUGUGGGUGGCAUAAAAUAAAUGUGAGAGCUAUAAAUGGAAAUGGUGAUUGAAUAAAAGUAGACUAGAUUAGUCAGGGAUUUGAACUCAGUAAUUGAGUUAAGAGGAUGGGGCAAUAAAUCUUAUUAUAGAGGUAAUGUUUUAAAGAUGGGGGAAGUAAAAAUUUGAAACAGAUUUUCUCUGGAAUAGUGUCAGGAGCUGGAAGAUAGUGAAAGGGGAAAUGAAUUAGAGAUUUGUAUUAAACUAUUGAAAAACUUUUAUAGAAUCAAAAAAUGGGAGAUUUAUGUGAACAGAGAUGUGAAGCUUACUCCCUGUAAUUGCUGCCCCCUAUUUAUUAUAUAAAAUUUCGUAUUAAAAUAUUCACAAGUAUAUAAACACAAAUACAACUUGAAAUGGACAGUAAUGUGCACAACCUUACACAGAAUAAAUAAUUAUAUAUGCUCAGUGACAUUACAAUUUUAAACUACACUUUUAUUCAACAUUGGCUUUGCUCCUACAUGAUUUAAGCAUUUAUUUGUGCUUAUUUGUGAUACACCUUCACUAAAAUUAGGUAAAAUAUUUUUUUCUUAGUUUGACUACCUUUUUAAAAUAUUCCUUUAAUAGAGUGAUAAAUAUUACAGUCAUAUAGAAAUAAUGCUGAAGUUUCUCAAUCUGAGAAUGACUACGUCAGAAUCUCUAUAUAAGGAAUUUGCCAAAACACAUACAUCUUUAAUUAUUACUGAAGAAAUUACUUACUAAUUAAACAAUUAAAUGCUAUAAAUAGUUGCCAAAUUUUAUAGAAAGCUAUAGAUUGUUCAUCUUAUUUUGGUCUAAUUUCAACUUCUACAAGUAUCAGAUUUUAGUUAUCACCAUGUAGUUCUUAUCCUUCCUAGUGUCCAAAUUAUAAAUAAGUCUCACUACUUCUUGAAUUCCAAGAAAAUGGUUGGCAUAGAAAGAGAAUACUUGUCCAACAUUCAUUUAAGGAAGUUCUCCAGCUGUUUUGUUGGAAUAACAAAUCCAAAUAUUACCCAAGCUUGUUUCCAAAAGCUUACCAACCCAGACUUUAAAAGAAAGUAACUUCCAGUUCAACUUGUAGAAGAUGAGCAGGAGUUCUAAUAAUUUUUCCUAUUGUUCCAGAUAAUGAAAUUGCAUAAUCCCCCCCUUCCGUAGAUCUUAGCUACUACUAUUUUAAUAUUCUUUAUGAAAGCCUUCUAAAAUAGCAAUAGCACUUAGACUUAUAUACUUUACAGCUUUACAGAGUUUAUAUAUAGAAUAUGCUGAUAAUGCCUCCAACAAUCUGGGUCCUCAUUUUACUGACCUCGGA